CCUAAAACAUUUUGUAAAAUGGCUUCACAAAAAUUGUUCAUUGCUACUUUCGUAGUAAUCUGCAUUUCUGGUUGCUUGGGAGGCCCUUCAUUAGCAGCAGUCCCAGCAGCAGUUGCUGCAGUACCAGCAGCAUAUUCUGUACCAUACGCUUCAUCAUACACUGCCAGUGUUGUCAAUCAUGGUAUUGCUGCUCCAGUUGUAGCUGCACCAGCUAGAGUUGCCGCCGCUCCUUUGGUUGCUGCUCCAGCAGUAGCUCCCGCUCCUAUCGCCUACAGUGCUUAUGCAGCUUACAGUGCUUUACCUGCAGCUUACACUGCUUUUCCUGCACCUUUACCCGCAUCUCCCGUCGUCGUUAGGAAGUAA